CGCUUCAGAAAAACACAGCUCGACAGCGCGAGAUGACAGCGAAGAGAGACGCGUCGCGCCCACUGAGCAGCUCUCGCCUCCGGGAGAGGAAGGGAGCGGCGGACCGGGCGCAGGCUAACCCUGACUGGUUUGAUCUCUCCCCUCGGCAGGAACCGGAGAAAGGGCCGGUGUCCGCGGCGGGGAUCCAUGCCCAUGUGGUGGGGGCGGUUGCCGGCUCCGGUGCCGCGGACGAGUCGUCUGACAGCGAAGCGGAGCAGGAAGGCCCCCAGAAACUCAUCCGGAAAGUGUCCACCUCGGGGCAGAUUAGGAGCAAGACAAGUAUAAAGGAGGGACUGUUGCUGAAACAGACCAGCUCGUUCCAGAGGUGGAAAAAGCGCUACUUCAAACUGAGAGGCCGAACGUUGUACUACGCCAAAGACGCCAAGUCCCUUAUCUUCGACGAGGUGGACCUGUCGGAUGCCAGCGUUGCAGAGUCCAGCACAAAGAAUGUCAACAACAGCUUCACAGUGAUCACUCCGUUCCGUAGGCUCAUCCUCUGCGCCGAGAACAGGAAAGAGAUGGAGGACUGGAUCAGUUCGCUGAAGUCCGUCCAGUCCAGAGAACAUUACGAGACGGCACAGUUUAAUGUGGAACAUUUCUCAGGGAUGCACAACUGGUACGCCUGCUCCCACGCACGGCCCACCUUCUGCAACGUCUGCAAAGACAGCUUGUCCGGGGUCACGUCUCACGGCCUCUCCUGCGAAGUGUGCAAAUUCAAGGCCCACAAGCGCUGUGCUGUCAGAGCCACUAACAACUGCAAAUGGACAACCCUGGCUUCCAUAGGGAAGGAUAUCAUUGAGGAUGAGGAUGGGAUUGCCAUGCCUCACCAGUGGUUGGAGGGCAACCUGCCCGUCAGUGCUAAGUGCGCUGUGUGUGAUAAGACGUGCGGCAGCGUCCUGAGGCUGCAGGACUGGCGCUGCCUCUGGUGCAAAGCGAUGGUGCACACUGCCUGUAUGGACCUGUACCCUCGCAAGUGUCCUCUUGGUCAGUGCAAAGUCUCCAUCAUCCCCCCGACGGCACUCAACAGCAUCGACUCCGAUGGCUUCUGGAAGGCCACCUGCCCCCCGUCCUGUGCCAGUCCCCUCCUGGUUUUUGUCAACUCCAAAAGUGGUGACAACCAGGGGGUGAAAUUCCUCCGACGCUUCAAGCAGCUCCUCAACCCGGCUCAAGUCUUUGACCUGGUCAACGGCGGGCCGCACCUCGGUCUGCGCCUGUUCCAGAAGUUUGACAACUUCCGGAUCCUGGUGUGUGGAGGCGAUGGCAGUGUGGGCUGGGUCCUCUCCGAGAUCGACAAACUCAAUCUCCACAAACAGUGCCAGCUAGGGGUGCUGCCCUUGGGCACGGGCAACGAUCUGGCCCGGGUGCUGGGCUGGGGCCCUUCGUGCGACGACGACACCCAGCUUCCCCAGAUCCUGGAGAAGUUGGAGAGGGCCAGCACCAAGAUGUUGGACCGCUGGAGCAUCAUGACCUACGAGAUUAAGAUCCCACCCAAACACAGCUGCCCCACCACGCCCGAGGGAGCCGACGACUGCCAGUUUCACAUUUCAGCCUAUGAAGACUCAGUAGCUGCUCACCUCACGAAGAUCCUCAACUCUGAGCAGAACUCUGUGGUCAUCUCCUCUGCCAAGAUCCUGUGUGAAACAGUGAAGGAUUUUGUUUCCAAAGUGGGGAAAGCCUACGAAAAAAGUGCAGACAACACCGAGGAGUGCGACACCAUGUCUCUCAAAUGUGCCGUCCUCAACGAGAAACUGGACUCCCUCCUCCAGGCGCUCAACUCCGAGAGCCAGGCGCUGCCGUCGCUCUCCCACUCCACCCCUCCCAUCGUGGAGGAGGAGGAGGAGGAAGAGGAGGAGGAGGCCAGCGAGGAGAGCCUGUCGGAGCUGAAGGAGAAGAUGGAGGAGGAGGAGACGGAGAAAGGUGGCGGAGGGGCCCCACAUCAGCUGUUCAAAAGCAGGGAGCAGAUGAUGCUCCGGGCCAACAGUCUGAAGAAAGCCCUGCGACAGAUCAUAGAGCAGGCCGAGAGAGUGGUGGACGAGCAGAACGCCCACACGGAGGACACUGAGCUGCCGUCUCCUCUGGAGUUCAGGAAGGACAGCGAGGAGGAGAACAGAGACAGCGAGAAGGACGAGGACACCAAGGAACUGGAAGCAGUGACGUCUGCCAAGAGUCCCUGUUCUCCCACGGAGAGGAGGGUGAGCCGCAGCACCCAGUCCUACAGCUCCUUCACCAUCACCCCCUUCACCACCAGCAAGGAGAACCUGCCCGUGCUCAACACACGCAUCAUCUGCCCCGGCUUGCGGGCAGGUCUGGCUGCCUCCAUCGCUGGCAGCUCCAUCAUUAGCAAGAUGCUGCUGGCUAACAUCGACCCCUUCGGUGCCACGCCGUUCAUCGACCCCGACCUCGACUCCCUAGAGGGCUACAUGGAGAAGUGUGUGAUGAACAACUACUUCGGCAUUGGCCUGGACGCCAAGAUCUCCUUGGAGUUCAACAACAAGCGAGAGGAGCACCCGGAGAAGUGCAGGAGUCGCACCAAGAACAUGAUGUGGUAUGGUGUUCUGGGCACGAAGGAGCUUCUGCAGAGAACGUACAAGAACCUGGAGCAGAAGGUCCAGCUCGAGUGCGACGGCCAGUACAUCCCCCUGCCCAGCCUUCAGGGGAUCGCAGUGUUAAACAUUCCGAGCUACGCAGGCGGGACCAACUUCUGGGGCGGCACCAAGGAGGAUGAUAUCUUCUGUGCCCCGUCGUUCGACGAUAAGAUCCUGGAAGUCGUGGCGGUGUUUGGGAGCAUGCAGAUGGCUGUGUCCAGGGUCAUCAAGCUGCAACACCACCGCAUUGCACAGUGUCGGACCGUGAAGAUUACUAUCCUGGGGGAUGAGGGAGUUCCCAUUCAGGUGGACGGCGAGGCCUGGAUCCAGCCGCCCGGAGUCAUCAAGAUCCAGCACAAGAACCGAGCUCAGAUGCUCACCAGAGACCGGGCGUUUGAGAACACGCUGAAGUCGUGGGAGGACAAGUUGAAGUAUGACAAGCCUCCUUUGCGGCCUCACCUCUACCCGCAGCAGUCCGUGGAUCUGGCUACGGAGGAGGAGGCCGCCAUGGUACAGAUGUGCGCCCGAGCUGCAGAGGAGCUCAUCACGAGGAUAUGCGAGGCUGCGAAGACCAAUGGGCUUUUGGAGCAGGAGCUGGCUCAUGCUGUUAACGCCUCGUCUCACGCCAUCAACAAAACACACCCCAAGUUCCCGGAGAGUCUGACCAGAAACACAGCGAUAGAGGUGGCCAGCACCGUCAAGGCUCUGUACAACGAGACCGAGUCUCUGCUGUUGGGUCGAGUCUCUCUGCAACUGGACCCCCCAGAGGAGGAUCAGCUGUCCAGUGCUCUGCAGAGUGUGGAUCUGGAACUGAGCAAACUGGGAGAGAUCCCCUGGCUCUACCACAUACUGCAGCCCAACGAUGAGGAGGACCACUCUCUGGGUUACGGCAAGAGGAACAGUCGCAGCAGCAUGUUUCGCAUAGUGCCCAAGUUCAAGAAGGAGAAGGCCGCCAAGAAGACGAGCCCUCAGUCAGUGGAAAGAUGGGGCACAGAGGAGGUGGGCGUCUGGCUGGAACAGCUGAGUCUGGGGGAGUACAGAGACACCUUCAUCCGACACGACAUCAGAGGCUCUGAGCUGCUGCACCUGGAGAGAAGGGACCUGAAGGAUCUGGGGAUAUCGAAAGUGGGUCAUAUGAAGAGAAUUCUCCAGGGAACUAAAGACCUGGCCAAGGCCUCUAUGGUGGACCUCUAACCCGGGAAGCCCCCCUCCCCCAUCGGUGGAAGAGUGUGCAGCACCGUAGGCAGCGAAAGUAUUCGAGGAGAGCUGGAUUCUUUUUUUUUGUGUGUGUGUUUUUUUUGUAUCCCUCUGCUGAGAACGCCUUUGGGAUGUUGUUCGCAAGACAACAUCGGUGUGUUUGUUUGUGCUUCGGUGCCAAAAUGACCGUCGAGAAAAAAGCGGAUUGAAAUGCAAACGGACUUCAUGGAUCUUCACACACACAAGAAAGAAAAAAAGAAAAGCCAUUUCUAAGUUAAUAACCAUUCAUAGCGGACAAUCAGGUAUGCAACUAACCGUACGGUUGGCAGUCGACUUGUUGUUUGAGUUGUGAUAACAAUAGUAGCAAAAACCAGGACUUCCAUGAGCGAGGGAUUGAGCUCCACUUGGCGUCCCAGAGCUGCGGAUGCAUCGACGCGGCCUUUCGGGGGUUCAGCAGCACAUCUGAAGAUGAAGGUGUGACAUCACAGUGCCGCCGGUGGUCUGGAAGGUCGGAUAAACAGUGGGAUACUGUCGCAUGCCGUGCUUGCUCGUCUUUACAUAUGUUGAAUUGCAUGAUAAGUGUCUUGAUUCUAUUUUUCUUUUUUUUCUUUUUUUUUCUGUGCAAAAUAACACUUGAACAAGUUUUACAUGACUUAAGUAUUACGAUGCCAUUUGUUACUACUGAAAGCAUCCUUUUUGAUCUAAAUCCAACUUCUUCUUCUUUUUUCCAAGCUUUAAUUUAUUUUGUUUGCAUGAUAACGAUGUGUCAAAGAUUUGUGUCGAGUGCCAUAUUUUCAGUCUUUUAGUGUAAAAUGUGCUUUAUUGGUAGAAGUCAUAAGAAUUUUUUUCUUUUCUUCUUCUUCUUCUUCUUCUUCUUCUUCUUCUUCUUAUUUUAAAGCUGUUGAUGAGGUGUGAAUAUUUGGAAUUAAUAUUUGUAAGUGGACACGUUCUCUGUGGAUGUGAAAUCAGUACCAAAGUGAAUGUCUAAGAAAACAUUGAUGACUUUGUUCAGGUCGCGCCUCUUAAAUUAAAUAGGCCAGUAGGUCUUAGUUCUUAAUUCCAUUUAAGGUUGGAGGAGAUGGACAUUGGCACGAAGCCAACCGCAUCACCCAUAGGGUGGCAGAGUUUUUUUUAUUUUUUAAGGAAACACUUAAAAGGCACUUUCUACUUCUUGCUUCAUGCAAGUGCAAAUACUCAUAUCAUUACAUAGAAGUAACGGUUCACCUCAACUUUUUAACUUUUGGCAAUUUAACGCAGUAUUUAACACUAAUGAGAAUAGCAGUUAGAUAUCGUUUUUUAAUAUGUAACAGAGCAGUUGAUCUGCGGCCUGCAUAGCAUCGUUCAAGUGCAGCUUUAUUAUUUUACUUUAGUUUUUUCUUCUUUAAAUUACAAAGUGAGACAUUGAUAGAACACUACUUUUACCUUGUUAGUUUCUAUUAAGACUGGUGGCAUUACAGGGUAUAUUUCUAUAUGUGAUGCUAAGUUUGUAUAUACAUAU